UUGUUUCUCUUGUAACGUUAAACGAUGGAGGAACUUGUGUUUUCUGUGACGCGGAACAUUCUUUAGAAACCUGCUCGUUUCCUGUCGGUGAAUCACAUGGAACACACGCUGACUGGGCUACGAACCCUCAUAGUUAAUCAGGUAGUUGUAGUCCAAUGGUCGGCGGACACACAACAUACAACACAACAACGCUCAACACAAUCACGUCCAUUUCUGUCACCACAACGCGCGAUGGACGCGAACACGCAUCGAACGAGAGAAAGAAGGUCGUCCUUCAUCUCCACCCUCGUCUUCCUCUGCGGCGUGGCAGCUGUCACUCAGUCCAGUCACCUGACAGAUCCCAUGUGUUAUGAUUGGGGGGAGUCCAGUGAGGGGACAGUCUCUGUCCUGGAAGGGGAGGCCGGUUGGCUCUCCUGUCCUCUUUUCUGUCAUCCCUCCGUCUACAACUACACGUCCACUCAGAGCGCUGGACACAACCUGUUCUGGUACCGAGUCCCCGAGGGUCACGACCUGGAGCAGCCAAUCCCAUACAGCUCCCGGCUCACCCCAGGCAGAGAGCGGCUGUGGCUGCAGCCGGCUGCUCUAGAGGACAGAGGACUGUACAUCUGCAUGCUGCGUAACAAGUCGUCCUGCAGUAAGAUGGCCAUGCGUCUCAAGGUGCUGCGCCCUGCAGACCUGGUCCAACCCUCUGACUGCCGGCCUCCCGUGGCCUCCCCCCCGAGCAGUGUGGUCAUCCCACUGCAGGAGGGGAAGAUCCUGGACUGUCCAGACCUGCAGGACGCCACCAAGAUGGCCGACAGCGAUCCCACUGUCACCUGGUACCACGUGACACUAUCCGGCUCGUGUUACCAGUAUCCGUUCUGGAACCACGACCGGGAGCAGCAGGGAUCCAGUCUGAGGUUUUACACCAUGAUUGGUCCUUAUCGUGGUUCAUAUUUCUGCACCGUCACCUACCUGAGGAAAGGCAAGACGCUCCACUUCAGCAGGAGCAUCAACGUCACCACAGUCCAUCCCACCACGCUGCCAAAGGAACCCAGCAUCAUGCAGCCGUUCAGAGGCCGGGUGUUCUCCGUCCGCCUGGGUAUGGAGGAGCGUCUGCAGUGCACUGGUCUGUUCCCGUCCCUGGACUCGGACUGGGACAUCUGGUGGACGGUCGACGGGAAGACUCUGGACGAACUGGACGACCCCCGCUUCUCUAAGAUCAACAGUCAGGUGAACAUGUACAACGGGGACCGGACGGAGGAGAGCCUGCUGGUGAUCCAGGACUUCGGCUCCGAGGACCUGAGGCGACAGUACAGCUGCUCUGUGAGGAACUCCAGAGGGGCCGAGACGCGCCGGGCGGAGCUGAAGCUCGAGGUGUCUUUGCCGUCCGUGGAGCUGGGUUGUGGUCUCGGCGUGACCCUGGUCCUCAUGCUGCUGCUCUUCGUGCUCUAUCACGUCUUCUGGCUGGAGCUGCUGCUCAUCUACCGCUCGUGGUUCGGCAGCGACGAGCGGCACACGGAUGAUAAAGAGUACGAUGUGUACAUCUCGUAUGCGAGGAACUCGGAGGACGAGCAGUUUGUUCUGUCGACGCUUCGCACGGUUCUGGAAAACGAGCUCGGAUACUCGGUGUGUAUCUUUGACCGAGACAGUCUGCCGGGAGGGACCAUCACAGAUGAGACUCUGAGUUUCGUGGCUCGCAGCCGGCGCGUCCUGGUGGUCGUUAGCCCGGGUUACGCCACCCAGGGCUCCCAGGCCCUGCUGGAGCUGAAGGCCGGUAUCGACGGCAUGGCGCUGAGCGGAGACCUGAGGGUCAUCCUGGUCCAGUUCAAACCGGUUCGGUGGCAGGGCUGGGUCCGCGAGCUGAGACGAGCCCGGGUGGCUCUGGCCCUGGUCCAAUGGCAGGGAGACAAAUCCAGCGAGCUGACGUCUCGCUUCUGGAAGAGGCUGAGGGUGGAGCUUCCUGUGAGGAGGCUCAGCCGCAGGGCGGAGGAGGAGGAGGAGGAGGGGAACAGCAAGGAGCUGAUGAGGCUGCACAGUCAGAACAGCACCAACUCACAGACCGGCCUCAUCACUGACACCAACAAAAACCCCAAGAAGGUCUUCAGCUGUGCAGUGUGACGGAGCUCAGCACCUUCCAGUCACUUAUCUUCUUGCUCAUCUCUUCUGAUUAUCUAAUGCACUUCAACUUUGACGUCAGAAGAUUAAUUAUGUUAAGUAAAAGUUGCCUGAUCGUUAUUUUCAACAUUGUAAUUACUCUGCAGUUUUUUAUUUUUAUUUUUUUAUCACUUUAAAAACAGUAUUUUAACGAGAGACUGCAUCCUGAACUUUGUCAGUUUUUUUAAUAAAUGGUUAUCAAUCAUA